AUGUCGAACAUCAUCACUGUUUUCGGUGCAACAGGUAACCAGGGUGGCUCCGUUAUUCGAAGCCUCCUAGCCGAUCCUGUCUUGUCUAAGGAAUACAAGAUUCGAGGCAUAACUCGUGAUAUUACAAAGGAAGCAGCAACGAAGCUUUCUUCUCAGGGCGUUGAGAUGGUUACUGCGGAUAUGUCGUCUCCCUCAUCUCUCCAAGCCGCCAUCAAAGGCUCCCAUACAGUUUUCCUAGUCACCAACUUCUGGGAAACCAUGAAUAAGGACAUCGAGGUCGCUCAGGGAAAAGCCGUGGCAGACGCCUGCAAAGAGACCGGCGUCAAACAUCUCAUCUUCUCUUCUCUGCGCAGCAUCUCAGAAAUCACCAACGGUAAACUACCGAAUGUGUCUCACUUUGAAGGCAAAGCCGAGAUUGAGCAAUACAUCCGCGAUAGUAGCAUCCCGGCAACUUUCAUUCUCCCUGGUCUCUUUAUGCAAGGUCUCAGUGGUGGUAUGAUCAAGAAGAGGGAUGAUGUCUAUAUGCUCGCUUUGCCUAUUGAUCCGGAAAAGGCCAAGAUUCCCGUCUUUGAAGUCGAAGAAGAUACUGGCAAAUUCGUCAAGGCAGUUGUCAAGAACUAUCCUAACACCCUUGGCAAACGUAUCCUUAUGGCUACAGACUAUCUAUCACCCAAACAACUCACUGACGAAAUCGCACAAACUUUCGGAGUCAAGGCAGCUGCUGUUCAGCUUCCUGAAGACACAUUCAAGUCGUUUUUGCCUCCACCAGUGGCUCAGGAAUUGCUCGAGAAUAUGCUAGUCAUGGACAGAGAGGGUUACUUUGGUGGUGAGAGCCUGAAGGAGUCGCACUCACUUCUUGAAGAUAAUUUGACCUCCUGGAAGGAGCAUAUCUUGCGACAUAAAUCUUUGUUUGCUUAA